AUGGCCACCGACUACGACUCCGACUCGACCGAGGGAGACUACACAGAGACAAACGUUCUCCUUGGCUACGCGUCAAGGGACGCCGACGAAGAUGCCAUUAGCAAACUGGGAGGCCGUCCCGACUGGCUCGAAGCCGAAAAGGCACCGUCAGCGGCCCUCGCACGGUGCAAGGCCUGCGGCGACUUGAUGGUCUUGCUGCUGCAGCUCAACGGGGAGCUGCCCGAGCGCUUCCCGGGCCACGAGAGGCGGCUAUACGUCCUUGCGUGUCGCAGACAUGCCUGUCGGCGCAAGGAGGGCAGCGUCUGCGCACUGAGGGGCGUUAGGGGAACGCACGUAUCCGAGGCGGAAGCGCCCCGGACGGACAGCGGGCCUGCUGGCGGACUGGGCGAUGCUCUGUUUGGGGGCGCAAAGGCCCUGGGGAGUGGAGGGAAUCCCAACCCCUUUGCCAGCGAGCCAGCGUCCAGCACGGGGAACAAGGCCCAGUCACCGGUGCCGGCCCUCACCAAGACCUUUGCCGAAAGCCUCACCCUGAACGCGCCGACGCCGCCGUCCCACUCAGCCGUCGCCGCCGCCGCCGCCGCCGCCGCCGCCGAGCCAUGGCCCGAGGCCGCGGAGCAGCCCAAGCCAUACCCGACGUCGUACCUGUCCGACGCCGACUACGAGACGCUGGACCCGACGCCGGAAAAGGUGCCCGACCACGCGCGCCUCGACGACGCCGACGCGCCCGAGCCGUCGGCGCUCGACCGCGAGGCCUUUGAGUCGGCCAUGGACGCGGCGUUCCAGAAAUUCGCCGACCGCCUCGCGCAGAACCCGGACCAGGUCAUUCGCUACGAGUUUGCCGGCGCGCCGCUGCUCUACUCCAAGACGGACUGCGUGGGGCAGCGCCUCGCCGCCGGCGCAAGUGCUAUUCCUGGGUGCGCAAACUGCGGCGCCCGCCGCGUGUUUGAGGUGCAGUUGACUCCCAAUGCCAUUACUGAGCUUGAGGCUGGUGACCUGAGCCUCGAGGGCAUGGAGUGGGGUACCAUCAUUGUCGGCGUCUGCGGGCGCGACUGUGUGCCUAGACAUACCGCCCCGGGCGACGCUGGCUAUCUCGAGGAAUGGGUUGGCGUGCAGUGGGAGGAGUUGACCAAGCAAAAGUGA